AUGGCGACAAUUCAUAUAUUUGUAGUUUUUGCAGUGAGUUGCCUAGUAUCAGUAUCAGGAAGAACUCUGAAUAUUACGGAGCUGAUAAGUUAUUUUACUCACGGUGCUGACGUUGGUUACCGUGUUGCAAUCGAUAAAUGUACUUUAAAUUUACCUCAACAAGUAGCUAAAUAUUCCUUUGGUGAUGUUAUUGAUAAUGCGCGAGUAUAUUUUGCUAAUAAUAAUGACUGGUGGAUCCAUUUCUCAACUAGAAGAUACGUGAACGGUUCUCAUUUUAACAUAACUGGCCCUGUAUCUCGAUUGACCGAAGCAUUCUUCACAGAUCGGGGAGAAGCUGACUUUAAUCUAUCCGAUUUUGAUGGUAAAACUGGCAGACUGUUAGUCAGUGGUAAUAUCAACUGUAAAGCAACUCAAGGAGGCGUACACGCAACAACAUCGACUAACAAAGGAAAGGAAAUAACCACGUUUGCAGAUGUAAAAGCAUCACUCGGAAUUGGGUUUAAUGUUCGUUACCAUGUCAACAUUCUUAAAUGUAACCCGAAUCCCCAACAAUUUACUGGAACAGUUGGUUGGGCCGGUCGUAUAUCGAGUCAUCGAUUAAACAUCAACGGUGAUAUUGAAUUUACCCAAUAUGUAGAAUUACCAACUGCAACAUUUGUGAUGGACGUAACGUUGCAUAAAGAUCGUAACGUGACGUUGUACGUGGACUCUGUUGUACCAGAUACAAGAAGAAGUACAGGGCUUCUUAGAAAGAAAUGCGUUUUGGGCACCGCUGGAAGUUUUCACAUAUUCAAAGUGUAG